AUGGGCGGCGGCGGCGUCUCGGCCAAGGACCGUAGGCGGCCGUCGGAUCUGGUUGCGCCAGAGAUCACGUAUCACGUCCCUCAGGCGAAUCAGCAGGGCCGACAGUCGUCGCUGGUGAGGCCUCAUGGGCCCUCGGCGCCACCUCCGAGGCUCGACAAGACAGCCCCGACACCAAUGGUCAUCACGCCUGUACUACCUCCCAAACCGCCGACCCUACCGGUGUCUGAUAGACCGCCCCCGAGGACAGAUCGUAACAUUGACAAGGUUGUCUUGGGCAAUCUAUGUUUCCGCACCUGGUAUCCGAGCUACUACGGCAAAGAGGUGUUGGGGGCUACAUCAAGCCAUGCCAAGGGGGACAGCAAAGACGGCCUUCUCGACGCCGCUGGAAGGGGCCCGUCGAAGAAGGACAGGGAUGGCUUGCCAAUGCUGGAGAGGCUAUACGUCUGCCCCAGCUGCUUCAAGUAUGCCAAAGAGCUUGUGGCUUGGUGGGGUCAUGUCAAGCUGUGCCAGCAGCGGGCUCAUAUCCCGGGGAACAAGAUCUAUGUCCAUCCCAAGGGGAGGCGGACCGUCUACGUUGCGCAGGAUGGCAGUCGAGGUCCGGGUCAGAAGAAGCGACGGGGGGAAGGGAACAUACGAUACAUUGAGGAAGUUGUCCAGGACGCAGGCGAAUGGAGCCUGUGGGAAGUGGACGGAGAGAAGGAUGUGCUUUUCUGCCAGAACCUGUCGCUCUUUGCGAAGCUCUUUCUGGACAACAAGUCCGUCUUCUUUGACGUGACUGGGUUCAACUACUUCUUGUUAGUAUACACGCCGCCAGCCGUGGCGACACCAGCAGGUGCAGCUCCUCCCCCCGUCACGCCGCAGAUUACGGGGUUCUUUUCAAAGGAGAAAAUGUCGUGGGAUAACAACAACUUGGCCUGUAUCCUCAUAUUCCCCCCGUGGCAGCGCAAGGGGCUAGGCGCCCUUUUAAUGGGCGCGUCCUACGAAAUUUCCCGACGAGAGGGCAUCAUGGGGGGCCCAGAGAAGCCGAUAUCCGAUCUGGGUAAGAAGGGGUACCAGCGCUUCUGGGCCGGGGAGAUUGCCCGGUGGCUUCUCAGCCUAGACGUUGCGCCGGCGGAUGCGCAAAGCGGCCAGGAGGCGCUUGUGGAUGUUGAGGAUUGCAGCCAGGCAACGUGGAUUUCGCCGGAGGACUGCCUGGGAGUGCUGAGAGACAUGGGUGUCGCGGAAGAUGUGGGUAUUGGGCCCGGAAAGCCGGAGCCCGUGGACGAGCAGCAGCCGCAGCCGAUGCAGGCAUCUGAGGAAGACAGGAAGAAGAAGCAAGCAUCGACCGGCGAAGACGAUGCGGCGGCGAAACAGAACAUCAAACGAGCAUCAGCCGAGGCGGAAGAAGACGAGAGGCCGAAGCCGAAGCCGGCCGUCAAGCAGGUCCCGCGCGUCCGGAUCGACAAGGAGGCGGUGCGGCGGUACGUGGCGGCCCAUCGGCUCGUGCUGGACAGGACGUGCGACCCGGCCGGCUUCGUGGAGGGGUAUGCGAUGAAGAAGGCGGAGAAGGCGGCCAGCGAGGGCGCUGAGUCUAGGGACGAGGCUUUGGCGAGAGGAUAG